CAUCAAUAUAGCAUUCCACCACCAGCCCAGUUAGAGUGAGCAUCACAUUGUUUUAUAUUUUUGGAUCGUGAACCACAUAAUUAGGACACAUUAUGCUACCAGAAGUGCCUGAAUGCUGGGAAGGUAUGCCCCUUGCAAGAGUCAGUAUCAAGAAAGAUGAACAAGAUGGUGCACCAGAUAUUAGAACACUGGAAAAAGAAACGGACGAAGGAUUGUUGGAGGUCAAAAAAGCGAUAGAAGAAUUGAAAAUUCAACAUAAUCUAGUGGAUGAGAAAAUAAUGGAGUUUCGAGUAAUAAUCAAAGAAGUGGAACGAUGGUUGGAUGUGGUCAAAAUGAGAGAACAAUUAGAAACUGAACGUAAGCUAAUGGAAAACAAAACGAAAUGCCUGGAAGACACAAUCAAAGUACAAGAGGAACGCAUUCAGAAUCUGCAAGAUCUUAAAACAGAAAUUGAAAAAAAAUCAAAUGACAAUAAGGUAUUGCGAAUGUCCAAUUACAAGCUGGAAAAAACUAAAAGAGAGGAAAUUGAAGAACGAGAAAAGGUAACAACAGAGUUACAUGAAAAAAUCAUUGAAAUACAGGAAGUAAAACAUGCAAAAGACACAAAAAUUAGAGAUAAAAAUCGUGAAAUAGAUGAUCUGAAAUUUGAAUCUAGAAAAGAGUCAUUUCGGAUGCAAGCGAUAGAAAAAGAAAUUUCUACAUUAAGGGAACAGAUUAAAGCUAAGGAUCGGCAAAGACGAGAUUUAAAUGAAAAGAUCAAGAGGAUGGAAGGACAGAUGAGACAACUAGAUGAGGAAAAAAGAGGUUUGAGUGAAAAGAACGAGAAGAUGACAGAACAAAUAAAACAAAUGGAAGAGCAAAUAAAAGAUAUGUAUGUAAAGAAUAAGAAUAUUAAAGAAGAGUUGCAUGUUUUGGAAAAAGAAAAGAAGAAUCAAAAUGAAACUAUAAAGGAGUUGAAAGGCCAGAUUAAACAUCUAGAUAAGAAAAUUGGAGAGCUAUUAAUCAGGGAGAGGAAACUUACAGCCUCAUUAAAUGCGAUGGCUGAGGACAAGAAUAGGCAAACAACCAAAGUCAUAGAAUUAGAAACCUCACUAAUGAAAGAGAAAAAAACCCACAAUGAACAAUUGAGGCAAAGGAAUAAAGAACAUGAAAAAUUAGUAAUGAGUAAAGAUGGAAGAAUUAGGCAAUUGUCAGAAGAAGUGCAACGCAAGGAAGCUGAACUAGAGGCUACUGGAAUUUAUAUUGGAUUAAUACCGUUUUCUUUCAUUAUCCUUGUUUUGGUUUAUGCAUUUUUCCAAUAAAUUUCUGUGGCAGAUUUAGAGGGAGAGAGCAUAAGGUUUACCCCCUUUCUAUUUUUAUAAAAAAUAUUUUGUAAUGCUUAUCAGGAAAUUACAAUGUUAAAUAGUAAAAAUCAAUCAAAUACCAAAUCAAAUUAAUGAAGGUACUAGAGGUUUAAGGGGGAUUCACUCCCCUUACACCUCUACCAGGGGCUCUUUCCUGAGACUCCCACUUAGUUUGCACAUUCAUACCCCAUCCCUCCCCCUUUUUCAUACCAGGCUGGGUCCUCCCCUGAAUUUGGCUACUUAUGUUGAGUAUCCAGGUCCAGUUUUGUAGACUUAAGGCAUUUCAAAUGGAGUUUAACAUGGUAGUCUAGAUGGAUACUGCCUUCCAGUUUGAGCAUAAUUUUGUGUCAUGGUACUUUUUCUUCCAAUCUCAGGGUACGGUCCAACCUUGCCAAC